CCUUGCUGCUAUCAUAGUAGUCGAUGUGUUAAGUUGGGUAGGUGGUGUGUGUGUGAUUUCACAAUUUCACACACCGAGACGAGACGCUCGGAAUCCGAACAUUGUGGCAAAUUGAUUAUGAUGAAAGUGUUGGCUGCGAUGAUACGCACAUUGCUACAGAUUUGUUGUGGAGAAGCGGGCUAGUGGCCAUCACAACACUGAGCAUGCAUCGCUGUCAUCGAUAAUCACACUCCCUCGCGCACGCAGAUACAGACACGUAUACCCCUUUUUUCUCUGUCUCUCUUGCCCUUUAUGCGUGUCUGUGUAUGCGUAUGCGUAUGACGUGGGCGAGAAAGGAGUACACGCCCGCCACCCUCUUCACCAUCACUAACACUACCAUCCCCCUCAUACACAAUCACCAUACAUAUUCCUCCUACACCGUCACUAACACGACAUCCCCAUCCUCACGCCCCACCCCUAUUGCAUUCUACUGUGAUACCCAUCCCCUCUAUCCAUCCAUUCGUACACACGCCGCAUUUGAUCCAGGGAACUACCCUCCUCUCCUCCCUCCUUCUCCUACCCACCACACCCGCGAUGAUGGUUCACUCGUCUCAGGCUGGCUACUCCCAUCCCACAAACUAACCCGCCAAGACGCAGAUUACAGCUCGCUUGUCCAGCAAGCAAAUCCCCUGAAAGCACGCCUUCUGUGA